ACACACACACACAGAGAGAGAGAGCUUUUUAUUCCUGUGGCUCCACAGAUAAAUGAUGGUGGUUCAGAUGUUCAGUGUGUGUGUGUGUUGCUGUGUGUUGAUGUCAUCACACGCUGUGUUGUGAUUGGACAGUGAGUGAACAUCAGAGGAUGUGUGAGGAGAGACUGGCUCCUCUGCUGUCGCCUUCAGAGACGCUGAGCGAAGAAGAAGCUGCAAGACUGGGGAAGAAGGACCCUGAACAAGAGGUGGAGAAGUUCCUGUCAGCCAACACUCAGGAGCUCAGUAAAGACAAGUGGCUCUGUCCUCUGAGCGGGAAGAAGUUCAAGGCUCCGGAGUUUGUGCGUAAACACAUCCUGAACAAACACGCAGAGAAGGUCGCCGCCGUCAGACAGGAAGUCGAGUUCUUCAACAACUUCCUGCUGGACGCCAAGAGACCCGCGCUACCUGAGAGCAAGCCCCUCCUACCGCCAGCUCAAGCCGCUCCACCUGGCGUACCUGGAUUCCCUGGGCAGUCACCGCAGCAGCAAAGCCUUCUGGGAUAUCCACCUGGAGUCAGACCUCCCAUGCCGGGCUUCCCUGGCGGAGGACCUCCCUACCCCCCCAACCAGUUUGGGGCGGGCCGUGGUAACUAUGACAACUUCAGAGGUCAUUUAGGAGGAGGAGGGGGAGGGGGAGGAGGGUUUCCUGGGAAACAGCGGAACACCAGGUGAGAAGCUUCAGUGACAGAACACACAGGUAUUGAUUAGAUAUUGGUUAUCUGUAACUCUCUCUCUCUGUGUGCAGGGGCGUGCGAGGAGACCCGCGGUCGAUCAUCGAGUACAGAGACCUCGACGCUCCGACGACCUCGACUUCUUCUGAACGAGACGACAGGAUGUUUUUUAAACUUUUUUAUUCCUACGUUUCCCAUGAUUCCCUUCAUCUUCCCUCCAUCAUUUGCUUGUUGUUUUUUUUCUUUUUUUUAGUUAGAACAGAAACUGUAGGCUGUGUGUGUGUGUGUGUGUGUGUGUGUGUGUGUGUGUGUGUGUGUGUGGAUCAGGACCAAUGUAACUCAGUGAUGAUCUGAUUCGUUCCACUUUCCAAUAAAGAUCGAAACAGGAAGACUGAU